AUGGCGGAUUUCCUGCCGUCCCGGUCCGUUCUAACUGUAUGUUUCCCUAACUGCGUGCUCACUAGCAGUGAGGCUGAACAAUUGAGGAAAUCUAGGCAGAUCGACAGGUGUCUUUCCCGGGAUAAAACAUAUGUGAAACGGCUUGUAAAGAUCUUAUUACUGGGUGCUGGUGAGAGCGGCAAGUCAACUUUCCUCAAGCAAAUGCGUAUCAUCCAUGGACAGGACUUCGAUCAGCGGGCCAAAGAAGAGUUCCGGGCUACAAUCUACAGCAAUGUAAUCAAAGGGGUUCGAGUGUUGGUAGAUGCCAGAGAGAAGCUGCACAUCCCCUGGGGAGAUGCCUCCAACCAGGUGCAUGGGGAGUCCAUGAUGGGCUUCGACACUCGUUCCAUGAUGUCUCAGGGCAUGGUGGAGACCAGCGUCUUCCUGCAGCUCCUGCCCUCCAUCCGCUCGCUGUGGAAUGACAGCGGCAUCCAGAAUGCCUAUGACAGGAGGCGGGAAUUCCAGCUGGGUGAAUCGGUGAAGUAUUUCUUGGAUAAUGUGGAUAAGCUUGGAGAGCCGGACUACUUGCCCUCGCAACAGGACAUCCUUCUAGCCCGCAGGCCAACCAAGGGCAUCCACGAGUACGACUUUGAGAUUAAGAAUGUGCCUUUUAAGAUGGUGGAUGUGGGCGGGCAGAGGUCGGAGCGCCGGCGGUGGUUCGAAUGCUUCGACAGCGUCACCUCCAUCCUCUUCCUAGUCUCAUCCAGCGAAUUUGACCAGGUGCUGAUGGAGGACCGGCAGACAAACCGGCUCAUGGAGUCGCUCAACAUCUUCGAGACGAUAGUCAACAACCGUGUCUUCAGCAAUGUCUCCAUCAUUCUCUUCCUCAACAAGACAGACUUGCUGGAGGAGAAGGUCAAAUGCGUGGCCAUAAAAGACUACUUUCCUGAGUAUGAAGGGGACCCUCACAAUCUGGCAGACGUGCAGAAGUUCCUGGUGGAGUGUUUCCGCAACAAGCGCCGGGACCAGCAGCAGAAGCCACUCUACCACCACUUCACCACAGCCAUUAAUACAGAGAACAUUCGACUGGUUUUCCGUGAUGUCAAGGACACCAUCUUGCAUGACAACCUCAAGCAGCUCAUGUUACAGUGAUGCUCCUCCCUAAGGACUGUUUUUUUUUUCGUCCUUAACUCCAUUUAUUAACCCUUUAAAAUGUUUUGUUGGGGGAAGGAUUUUGUGGCUGUCGUCAGCAGUGACUGAGUUAAGGGGUUAAUGAGAUGAACAGGGUUGUGCACCUGUAGUGCCCAGUGCUGUAUAAAAAACAUACUUGCAAUGAAAAUUCAAUGUAUUGGUUUUCAUUGUAAUGCUUCCCUCUUAUGUUGAAGUAACACACUGAUCUUAUGAGUAAUUUUCUGAGUAACUAACACGUGUAAGUGGAACUAAAAAAAGAACGGUUUUUAGGAUGAGAGUUGUUAAUAUCUGAGGAGUCUUUUUCAUGUCUUACUGAGCCUUAAUUACUGAUAUAUAGAAAAUUAGCAAGGGCUAAAACAAUGCAAGCCAACAGAUGUUUUAUUUUUAAUAGGAAACAUAUUCUGAGUUUCUCAGAAUACCUGUCUGGCCUUAAGUUUUAGAUUUGGUUUUCUAAUCAAUUUUCAUUGAUUUUUUUUAAAUAUUUGAUUUCUUUAAGUUCUUAAAUUAUAUUCCAAAGGUUUACACUAUACCACUGUAGAUUUACUACUGCUGAUGGAUACGUUAUCAUAGUGAAUGGGAGUGUAAUGUCAUCCAACAAGAUUGGUACAGGCACAUGACAUACCUUGACACCACUUGAUUCAUACUGUUGUUAGCUAUGCAGUGGAGCUUGAAAGGCUACAGUUUAUGGCUUAAUCUCAGGGCUUAAUGUAGACCACUUUGUAUAUUAAUUUAAAUUUGUGUGCUUAAAAAGACAAAACCCAAAGUGCCAUAACAUUCAUUACUUAGACCUACCUAUCCAUCAAUGGUAUUAAAUCCACACUGCUGGCUAGCUAAAUAACUUCUUCCAGUCUUCCGUUUUCACCUGAUCCUCACAAUGAGGGCCGUUUUGUGCUUUAGUAAUCUCUUCAUUGUGUGCAUGUCAGGGAAGGGGAUAGGUGUCUAUUUUUAUUUAUUUUUCCUUCACUAAAGUUUUCAGUCUGCUGAUUGACCAACAUUUGUGUGCUUUUUAGUUGGUGACAAAUGCAUCUUUGUCCAAAGUGCCACAUUUUUAUGGUACCAUUAACUAAUCCAUUAUGCUUCUCCUCUGUCUGUUUCAAUUACGUACAAAAGGGAUAGAAAUUGCUUGGUGAACCCUGUAAAAAGAAUUGUUGAAUGUUGUCGCUGUAGAAAGUUGUUUAUAAGUAGUUGUACAGAGAUUCUUUUUUUGUCUCAGUUGUUUUAGAUAUUCUUCAUGUACAUGUCUAAUUAACUUACUCCUUUUUUUUCUCCUGAAAUUUUUGUAACCCACUUAUUAUGUAAUUUCUGUUUUUCCAAACAUAUAUUACAAUUACCAGGCUCUUAAAAUUAUUUGCAUUCUGCCUUCUGUUUGAUGUGCGAUAACCAGUUUAAUUUUCUUGGUAUGUCAGCAUUUUGGUGAAAUGCUGAGGCGAUACUGUCUAUUACUUACAGACCUUCUUACUUAAUUCCCAUUAUGCGCAGAUGCAUCUCAGGACACAUUAUACAUUUCCUGGUGAGGUCUGGUUGAUCACUAUGGAAUUCUGUCAUUCGCAGCAUCUUGCCUUAACGUGUCAUUGUAACAUGCACUUCUACAAUGCACUGCUCCAUUUAUAUCUGGCUACUUGACACAUCUGUUCAAUGAGACCUAAAAACAUGCUUUGAGAUUUUAUAGGUUUUUCUGUUCGUUGCAGAUGUAAAUGAUUUCCUGAGGACGAAUGCUAUAGACGCUGAUGUAGAUUGAUCAUCAGGAAAGGAAAUUAACAUCAGCCAGAAAAACUCGGCUGAUGCUUUCAAAAGGAAAACAUAAUGGUGUCUGGAAGUUGCAACACAUGCAAGCCAAACUGUCUCCAUAGCCAAGUAUCCGUGACAAACAUUGAUUGGUGUGGUAUUUGAAUUCCUGCUUUAUGCACUUUUGAAAAUUGCUUGACAUUAAAGAAAAACACCUGAUAUAAUAUGCAGGAUAGGUAAUGGCAGUAAGCUUGUCAGUGCAUGGAUAUUUUUGUUCAGCAUUCCACUAAAAUAAUUCAUGUUCUUCUUGAUUCAAAUUUUGAGAUCAACGGCUUCAAUGCUGACAUUGUGUUCGUUCAAAAAGAUAAUUGAGGGAGAUUUUCAGCUCUGCAGAACUUUUACCAUAAUCAGUGACUCUUGAGCUGUGGAGGCAGUCUUUUCCAUUUUUAUGAAGAUGUAAAAUAGACAGGGAUGUGUCAUACGACCCAUCGAGUCUGAAUUAGUCUGACAGCACCUUCCAAUUUGGUCUGCCUUCAGAGUAUUAAAUUCACUUAAUUCUCUGUCUUUAAUCAGAGAUUUUCACCCUGUCAAAAUAUGUCUCUGAGAGAUGCUGACUCACCGGUACGGCUGUACUCUACAACUGUGGUCAGAUAUGGAAAGCACAUUUAUUUGUCCUGAAGAUAAAUUUUUUUUUUUUUAGAAACAAGCCGCAUCAUUAAUGCAUGUUUUUCAUGCAUUAUUCUAUGGAUCCUUUCCUACUUUUUAGCAAAAAAUCAAUUUAGACUGUUCACGAUAAAUGUCAUGGGUAUGAGAGGCUAGUUCGUUACAUUUAAUGUCAAAAUAAGUAUGCUUAGUUGGAUACACUGCAGUGAAUGAUUCAACCCCUUGAACAGGUCAGGCAGGUCUUGUUUCCUUUACCACAGCUAUGUCUGUAUAAUGGGGGCCAGUGCAGUUGAUCCUGCUUCUUUGUCAGAAGUCUGUUCAGAAAUUAUUUAAACCAAAAUCAGAACAGCUGCAGAUGGAGCAGCACUUCUCCUGCCAAUGCAACUAGUGCCUCUACAAUGCCUGUAUUGUGAUAUCAGAGUUUUUCCCUCCUAAACUGUAUGAACACUGUGUAACAAGCAAACAAGAACCCAUUGUGGGGAAUGAAAUGUUUUAAUCACUAUUUGGGGAUAUGUUCCUCCGUGCCAACCUUCCAGGGGUAUCCAAAUACAAGAGAACGGUAGACUUCACUUUUACUGCAUCUUACAAAUAGUUUUGAUUUCCCUAUUGAGUGCUAGAAUUUGAGAGACGACAUCUGGUUAAAGUGCAGUUGGAUCCACUGUAAACCUGAUUGUUACCUUGCAAUCUUGCAUUUUGCUCCAUGUCUGCAACCCCCUGCAACUUUGGGUGACACAGUCAACUUAUAUAAAAAAUACUGUAGCCAUACUUUUGUGCCAGCUAUGCAACACAACUUUGUUGCUUUCAAAAUCAUGAAACCAUACAAAGAGACAAAACAAUGUUGCAUUUUUUAACUUUAAAGACCAUUUUUAACCAUUUUUUCUGUCUUUCAAGUAUUGAAGCACCAUUUACCUGCAGUUGUGGUGUUUUUAUAUGUGCAUCUCUUAUCCCUUAUUGGGCAUUGUGAAUGUCCUUGUGGCAAAAGGAAAUGUGGUGUUUUGUCUCUAAUUUAAAGGCAUGCCAUUAUCCAGUUUUGUACUCUUAAGUACUCUUAUGUAUUUGCAUUUUAUAUGUGAAAGGAUAGCUGGUCAUACUGCGCAUUUUAUUUUCACAGUGGUCUUACCCUUACCAGACAAGCCUUAGAGAUAUGUUCAAAAAGAAAUGGAUAGGAAAUGCUAUUGACCUAUCCUAGCCAAAUACAGCCUUUUAUAAUAAUAUACUGUGCUUAAACAUUUUUGGGUGUGGGGAGGGCAGUAGGAUUGGUCACCGUACAAUCUUCAUUCUAAAAACCAGUUGUAAAUUGAGAAUAUCUGUAAAAUCAUUUCUUGUACAGUUCUCAUCAAAACUUCUAUGCUCUCUGACACCUUUCAGUCUU